CAGCCUGUUACAUGUAGAUAAACCAUAACUUCCAGACGACAUCAAUAUUUUCUCUAUUCGUUACUUUAUUAUAGCAACCAAUAUGUCUGCGCCCAUGUGUUUCGACGCGAUCAACUUGUUUAUGUGAUUGAGGUUCUAAUAGUUGAUGCAGGAAUUAUUGCUUCAGGAUUCUUAUGUUAAGGAGAGCAUUUGUGAGACUGAAGCAGCUAGUUAAAUACAACAUGGCUUCAGCAUUAGAGGCAAAGGCAGGAGAAAAGAGAGCUGCUGAUGAGGAUGCAAGUGAUGUUUGCAAGAAACAAAAGGGAGAACAAAAACCACUUGCAGACAGGAAGCGGAAAGUGGCAUUACUGAUAGCAUACAAUGGCAAGGGUUACUAUGGACUUCAACUGAAUCCAGGUCUACCUUCAGUAGAGGGAGAGAUCAUCAAGGCUUUGUUAGAGGUUGGAAUAAUACCCCAGGAUCACCAUGAUUGUCCACGGAAGAUGUCGUUCCAGAGGGCAGCACGGACAGACAAAGGUGUAUCUGCUGCAGGAAAUAUCCUCUCAUUGAAGAUGUUGCUGAAUGUGGACAAUCUCCUGGAUGAGAUAAACAAACAUUUACCAGCACAGAUACGAGUAUUUGAAUGUGUGAGAACAACAAAUGGUUUCAACAGUAAGAAUCAUUGUUCAGGAAGGACGUACAUUUAUCUCCUGCCAACCUAUGCAUUCGCUCCAGUGGAAGAGGUGUGUACAUUAGAAUACAGAACAAAUCUGGAUAUUAUAGAACGUGUAAAUGAAGUGUUAGAGAAGUUUGUUGGCACGCAUAACUUUCAUAACUUUACAUCAGGAAUUAAACCAGAAGAGCGCUGUGCCCAAAGAUAUAUUCUGGAGUUUGAGUGUCGGAUGCCAUUUGUACGUGACGGUGUCGAGUACUGUGUUCUGUCAGUACGUGGCCAGAGUUUUAUGAUGCACCAGAUCAGGAAGAUGGUUGGUUUAACUAUUGCAGUAGUGAAGGGAUUUGCCAAUAUAGAAGCUAUUGAUGAGGCUUGGAAACCAGAAAAAAUGGACAUUCCAAAAGCUCCCGGCCUGGGAUUAAUGUUAGACAAGCUCCAUUAUGACCAGUACAACAAAAGGUGGGCUUCAGAUGGCAGCCAUGAUAGGAUAGACUUUGCACAUCUCAAAGAAAAGCUUGACAAAUUCAAAGAAGAAUAUAUAUUUUCUGAAAUCAUGAAAGAGGAAAAAGAAACACAAAGUAUGAUGCAGUGGUUGUCUAAACUACAUUAUCACACAUGUUCACCUAUAGAAAAUAAAUGGUCAGAGAGGAAAUGCUUGGAAGCUAAAAUUGGAACUGGAUCUCAAGGUAGUUCUGACAGUGAGGAUUUGAAUGAACCUCAUGCAGAGAAUAUAGACUCUGGCGGAACUGAAAAUACAAACAAAGAUGAAAUAAUUGAAACUGAGUCACAGACUCCUGCAGUCACUGAAAAUAAAAGUGGAACCAGUACAGAAACAAUUUUGUCCAAUCAGAAUGAAUCUUGUGAUGAAAUGACAUCAUCAAAAUUAGACUGUGACUCUGUAGAUGCAGAGCAAAAAUCUGCCAUUAGUGAAAAAGAUGAUAGCCAGUCUAGUGAAGAGACCAAGGUUGCUACUGAGUCAUUGAAAUGAUAAAUGCUGGUUUUAGAAAUAAUAUAAGUUCAUAACAAAGGGCAAUAUACAUAUAAAACAACAGGAUGAUAACUACAUAUAGCCAUUUUCUGUUUAAUCACUUGUCACCCUGAUCAUUUCAUGAAAUUAUUACAUGCUUAUUUAAAACUUUGCAAAGAAUUAAUAAAUUCUUAAUAAACAAUAAACAUUAAUACACAAGA